CUCGCUUUUGUUUGUUCCACCUCCAAAGUUCAAAAUUCUUCCCAGACUAAAGUAGGCUCACCGCACAUAGCUAGACAAGCAAAGCAAUGGCAUUAAAUCAGCCACCCUUAUGCUUGUUAACAGCACCUCGAGUGGAGAAAGUUUACAUGGAUCAUGGCACCGGUGCACGCAUGGACAUUAGUGUGUUUCAAGCUGAAGUGAAGUCCAUCCCUCAAGGCGCUUACAUGGUCGGCCAAGUAGCUGUUCCCGCGCACACAAACGUUAUCCCUCCAUCAUCUGUGAUUCUCGUGUGGCCCUUGGUUCCGAGAGAUGGUUCUGGCAAUCUGAUUAUGCCACCGUCAGGUUACGAGAUGGUUUGGAAUGACAAGCGUUCGGGUGGCAAACAGGAUGGUUCGUUUUGGCGCCCUCAAGCUCCUUACGGCUACAUAGCACUGGGUGAUGUGGCUUGUAAUGGCUACAAUCCGCCUGCGGCUCAGUUUACAGCCAAAUACGCCUGCAUUCGCGGUGACUUGCUGUCUGAAGGAGCGCUGGAUACUGCAGCUCUGUGGACCGAUCAAGGCUCGGGUGCUCCAAUGAAUGUCUCCAUCUGGAACGUGAAAGGCAACGGACUGGGUGGAUUUUUCAAGGCUCACGCGGGUUACAACAGGCCAUCUUCCCAGGCCUUCGUCCUGCCUGCCAAGGUUUCCAAGAUGGCCGUGAAACAACCUGCAGAACAAUAUCACCGUUUUCCCCAAGGUUUCCGUCGCGGACGAUAGCUACAAUACGAAGCUCGAGACUUUGUGGAAAUGUUAUGCUUAGAGCAAGAGUGAUGCUCGUUUUAUUGCUUAAUUGCUGACUAUGCAGUUAUGUUUUAAAUAAUAUCAUCUCAGUUUUAUUUCUAGGAAUAUAGAUGUUGUUUUCGAGAAAUGAUUAUUGUCUUGUCUGGAGAUACCUCAAUGCGCGCGCAUGGUUUAGCUCAGACUUCCUGUUUUUCUGAGAAAAGGAACCUCGUGAGCGCAUAUUUUGAAAAUUAAUAACGCCAUGAAUCUCUACAAUCAAAUGAUCCAGCUAAGUUUCCUUUUCGGCGAAGACGAUAAAUACCACCAGAACUGAUUGUAGCCCUGCUAUAGAACUGAACGGUUAUUCGACUUGGUGGACAUCCGCGUUAUCACUUUCCUCUAGUAACACAACUCAUCAGUUACGGAAGUCAUCUGAAAAAAAGACAUGGCUUCAAGUUUGUUGUUUUUGAUCUGUCUUAAACCUCCUAAUUCCCAUCGCUGUCUUCAGCUAAACCACGACAUUGAUCUGCUUAAAGUUCGUUUACUGAAAUAGUUGGCCCUUAAACGUUUGUUAUGCAAAAUGUGGACUGAAGUUUAUCUGAGUGGGGUCUCGCGAUCAAUAUCAAUCUUGUUAGCUCUAUAUGUAUAUUAAUAAAGAUCUAUCUCAAAGUGUCAA